UGCUGUGCUCGGGUACAGAUGAAGAGACUUAUUUACUUAAAGAACAGGCUGUAGGAGGAUGAAUAAUUCAAGAGGCAGAGCCCUUCUGGGCUGAGGUCCUGGUCCUGCUUAAUCCGACUCUGUGUACUCGCCUUACGUUGUAGUGACUCACCGUGCAAACAGGUCUGUGAGGUGGCCACCGAGUCGGCGGGAGUUACUGCAGAGCUUAAAGUGACUUCUUAAGACUGGAAAAACUCUUCCAGACUAAUGAUCCCGAUGGCUUUCUAUUCUGCCUCUCACAUAAAGACAGGCCAGGAUGCUGUGAGCCUUCACUGCUGACUGGUGUUCACUCCAUUGUCCACCAGGACCCCCAGAUCUUAUUCAUGGUGCUCAGUCGCCUGUGGGUCCCAUCCUGUGCAAUGGCAAAAGGACCUGUAACUAACUGGACCCUACUGACCUCUGAACCACAAAGGAUAAGAGUGAAAAGAAGUGGGAGAAGCACACGAAGAAAAAGGAAGUGGAUAUACUUUCAUCUAGACUUCUUUCCUGCCCUUUAUUACUAAAACUGAAUGGAAAAGAGAGACUUCCGUGCCUUUCCUCCCCCAACCUCAGGGAUGGGUGGAUUGUAAAUACAGUGUGUGCAACUGGGAGAAUAGACUGAACCAUGAAUCUUCAGGCUCAGCAAAAGUCUUCAAGCAAAAGGACUGGGAAACGAAUUGCCUAUUUUAAUGAGCAGGAAAUAGCUGUGUCAUCAAAAGAACCACAGCAGCAGCUUAAGGAAGGACAGUACUAUGGUCACGGUGGGAAUAUACCUGUCUCCCAAACCAUGGAGAUUUCUCACGCAGGAGGAUUAACAAGUGCCCCCAACAAUGUUGCUUUGAUGAACUCUGUUUACAAUCACGAUAGAGCAGAAUCAAUGAUGAUGCCCCAAACGGUGGCAGCUGUCAAAUGGCAGAAUUCACUGAUGGGAAACCGGUUGCCAGAGAGGGGUGACAGCCACUGGCAGUCUCCACCUUCGAUGUGGAAUCACAGUAUGGUUUUUGGGGGCAACCCAAAAGGACCUCACUCCAAUGCUGGUGCCCCGGGCUUCUAUGGCCACUCCGAAGCUCUUAAAAGAAGUCAAGAGAAAGGAGUGUUUGUGUCACAGCUGGACUUGUAUGGAGAUGCUGUCCAGCAGAUGAUGUCCCAGAAGGCUCAGCUGGAGCAGCAAGCCCUGGUUAGACAGCAAGCUCAAAUGAAUUCUUUUCAUCAGAUGCAGAAACAGCAGCAGCAGAAUCAGAGUCUGCCGUUACAGCCUUUCCAACUUGCAUUUGGUCAUCAAGGCCAAAAGCAGGGUCUUCCUGAAUUGUUACAUGUCUUUCAAGAGGCCCCAGCUUCUUCCAGUCCAGCAUUUACUGCUCAACAAAAACAGCAGGCUCUUCCCCAACUACAACUGUUUGAAAAUUUCUAUCCUCAACAGCAGCAGCAGCAACAGGCUGCCACACAAGCCUUCAGUCUGCAGCAAACUACUUCCAUAGCACAGCCCCAUGUGGCAGCUGCAGCACCUCAGCAUCACAUGAUGGCACACCAGUUUCAGCAAACAGAGAGGAACCAGGAACUAUUCAAGGCUCUAACAGAGCAGAACCAACAGACUGUGCUACCUCAGACCCAGAUUCCCUUUCCAAGAAGGUCACGGAGACUCUCCAAAGAAGGUAUUUUGCCGACACCUGCAGGAGAAGCGUUGGCUUCCAAGCAGGCAGAAGAACAACCUAGCAAUUUAUUUCUGCAUCACUGGCAAACACAUCCGCAAGAGGUCCCAUUACAGCAGCCACCUGAAUCACUGGCCCACAACAAAAGUAGCUAUUCGCACCCCAAGAGAAUGGAUCUGGGGCAGAAGGAUGUCCCAGUCAACAGUGAGCUGUGCCAGAUGGAAACAGACAGGCAAGCCACAGCCCAGAACGGUAGAGAUGGGGAGAAACAGGUAGAAGCAGCUGAAGAAAACGCUCAGAGAAGUAAUGAUUUUCAGGGUGUCCGAGGUGGGGUAAUCCAGAGUACGCGACGGAGACGGCGUGUAUCUCAAGAAGCCAAUUUGCUAACUCUGGCCCAAAAAGCUGUUGAGCUGGCCUCUCUUCAGAAUGUAAAGGAACUGGAUACUUCAGAAGAGAAGGGUGUGCUGAUAGCAGCUCCAGGACCUACAGCUGCAAAAAGUGUUGUGGAAUUCGCCAGUUCUCCACCAGCUCCCAAAAGAGCCCGGGAGGAUAACAGUCUUGUGCCUCUUAUCAUUCCUGUGUCUGUGCCAGUGAGGAAAAUUGACUUCCAGAACCUUGGAAAGGAAAAGUCUGAAGAUGGGAAGCUCCAGAAAGGUCAAACAAAUGAUCGAUCUCCUUGUGAACGCAAGCCUUCUGUGAUAGUCACUCGGCGGCGAUCUAAUCGUAAUGCUAACAUGGAAACCUCAAAUCAGCAUGAAGAUGCUGUUCCAAAGGAUGAAGCAGAGGGCUUUGCCCGGAAACCAAAGCAGCGACCAAGACCUGAGCCACUUUUCAUACCACCGAAAGCUGGCACCUUUAUUGCACCACCUGUUUAUUCUAACAUUACUCCAUAUCAGAGCCACUUACGGUCACCUGUCCGUCUGGCAGAUCAUCCUUCAGAUAGGAACUUUGAGCUACCUCCUUACACUCCUCCACCAAUUCUUAGUCCAGUGAGAGAAGGAUCUGGGCUAUAUUUUAAUGCUAUCCUCUCUUCAAGUGGCCAUUCGGUUCCACCUCCAAUGACGCCUAAAAGUGCUCACAGAACUCUUCUUAGAUCAAAUAGUUCAGAAGUUACCCCUCCUGUUCUUACGGUAGUCGGGGAAGCCACCCCAGUCAGCAUUGAACCGCGAAUUAAUGUAGGAGCUCGCUUUCAAGCAGAAAUACCAUCACUCCAAGACAGAUCUCUGGCAGCAGUUGAUGAACAUAAAGCAGAGCUGGUGUGGCAGCCAUGGGGCGACCUGGAAACCAACAAAGUCACCCAAGAGAAUGUGGAAAAUCUUCUAGCUGCUGCCUGUUCAAGCAUUUUUCCUGGGGGCGGAACCAACCAGGAGCUGGCGCUGCAUUUCUUACAUGAAGCAAAGGGAAGCAUUCUGGGAGCUUUGACCAACCUGCUAUUGAAGAGGCCAGAACGAUCGCCUACCCACCCUUUGGCAGAUUAUCACUACACAGGAUCAGACAAGUGGAAAGUUGCUGAAAAAAAACUUUUCAACAAAGGCAUUGCAAUCUACAAGAAAGACUUUUUCUUGGUCCAAAAGCUUAUAAAAACCAAAACAGUGGCUCAGUGUGUGGAAUUCUACUACACGUACAAGAAACAGGUGAAAAUUGGUCGGAAUGGGACCUUAAUCUUUGGGGACAUUGAUGUUGCUAAUGAGAAGUCUAUGAAAGAUGAAGCUGAAGUUGACAUCAAGAGUUCCCAUAGGUUUGCACGUGUUCUUCCUCCCAGAAGGGACAUUUACAGUGAAGAACAGGAGCAUGAGGAGGAGGAGGAAGAGGAUGAAGAAGAGGAGGCAGAGGAAGGGCUGGAUAACAGAAAGAAGAGCACAGUUCCUAUCAAAGAUGAACAGACACUACAAGAUGGUGUAAUAGCCGAUGAUGCCGAUAUGAGGAGUCAAGAGGCGACUGUCACAGGCAGAAUUGGAAGGAAGCCAAGGGAGACAACAGUGAAGCCUCGAAAGCCUAUAACUUCUCCAGUGCAGAGGAGGCGGCGGAAACAGAAGAUAAAAUCAGAUGCUACCAGUAAAACUCAGAACACAGAAAACACAUUUCCAUGUAAAAAAUGUGGCAGGGUGUUCUACAAGGUGAAGAGCCGCAGCGCUCACAUGAAGAGCCACGCGGAGCAGGAAAAGAAGGCAGCUGCACUGAAGCAGCAAGAGAGAGAGGCAGCAGCAGCAGUGGCGGCGGCGGCGGCAGCGGCAGCCCACAGCCAGGCCCGGCAGGAAGAGAGCAGCGAGAGUGGGAGCAGCAGCAGUGGAAGCAGCAGUGCGAGCUCGGAUGAAGAUGGAGAAAUAUAGCAGCAGACCAGAAGUGGAGGGAGUAGCAUGGCUGGACCCACCUCCCUCUUGGUGGUCUCACUUUUUUUGCUUGCACUUUUCUUACCUGAAUCAUCAGGUCUCAGUUUCAGUGCUGCCAUUUCCUCGUGCCACAUGUUCCACUUCACCUCACCAGUACUGACCAAGCUGGAAUGGUGGAUGAAAAAAUUUGUUUCAACUUGGAUUUCUUUUUUUUUUUUUUUUUUUUUUAAACAAAUAAGAUUUCUAUUCUAUUUAUAAUGAUGCCUGAGGUACAUAGUAGAACAAUGUCACCUGCAGUGGAAUUAAGUUCUCUCUCAGGUCAGUCAGACCUUUUCUUUUUGUGCUUGUCUGGAACUGUAACAGGACUCCUGGAUAUAAAGGUUUCCAGACCGGAGCAAGAAAAAGAUGCUCUGCUCUGAGCUAAGUGUAUCCAGUUACUGUGACACUGGUGAUUUCUAGAUGUUUCCUUUCUCGGCAAGUUCUCCUUCCUGUUACACUUUCCUGGCUUUCUUUCUGAGCAUUUAUUCAGGCAGCCAACAAGUUUUGUGGAAAGACGGUGCACACUUUUGGCCUCUGCUUCACAAAAAUGAAAAGCAGGAUGAGAAAGAUGCUCUUCUUCCUUUUGAGAGGAAGUUUUAUUUUUCAAAAGGAAGCCUGAGGUUGUUUCUUUUAUGACAUUAAGAAUGCAGCAGUGGAUAUAAAAAUAUCCUGUGGGAUUAGAGUAGCCACAGUCCCCGUGGGUUGUCUCAUCUUGGAAAACAAAAUAGUCUGCCUUUGAUUAACUUAAUGGAAAGUAGUCUGGGCUUCACAAGUGCAAUUUGAAAUGAAAACUGCUGGUUUUGACUGCAUAAAUGGGAGCAAGUUUGUUUAGUGAAAAUGAACCACGGCCACCUUGUGCCCUGGAUUUUGUGCACCUCAGAGAUGGGAGGAAUGGACUCUCAUCUCCAGCAGUGAUCCCUCUGUGAAUGAAUGGCUUUUACCUCUCAACACAUCCAUUUCUUCUUUUGUGGCAGUCCUCAUUUAUUCCUUGAAAUUGCCAUCAUCAAGAGCUUGGAUGAUGGGGCCCUAGUUUCCCAAAUACUUCCUGUCAGACAGUAUGUACAUGUGGGAGAAGCUUGACACUGAUUUCCACACCAGUGGCUGGACAGCACUGCCUGCUGGGUUGUCCUGCUGUGAGCCUUGCUCUUUGCCAAAAGGCUGACUUUUCCUUCAGAACUGACACACGCUAAUAGCCCAAAAAGUCUAGUCACCAAAAACCUGCUGACGAAAGAGAGUUAAGAAGUAGUAGAUUGGUCCAGGUGACAUAGAUUUGCCCAGGAUUGUUCUGUACAUCUUUAUAACCCACAUUUAUCAUUAUUUUGUAAAGAUGCAAAGAAUGGAUGGCUUCCUUGUGCUUCACAGCUGGUCAGUCGGGGCCGUACCCCGGGGCUCCCUGGCGCCGGCACUGUCACACCACCUGCGUGCUGCUCGGCUGGCGCAGUUCCGGAGGAGCCGCUCGCUCCUGCCUUCCCAAGCAGGCAUCCUACCGGGUUGCUGUACAUGAACUACAGAAUGUUCCUGACUGGUUGAUUGUUUUUAAAUCUUGACCCUUCAAGCUGCUAUAUAAAUUCCAGGUUAACUAUGGAAAGUGGCGCUAACUCCAGCAUGCCAUUUGGCAAUCUUUUCCUGCCCCAUGGUUUUAUGCAACCAUGAUUGUUUCACUCUCUUAAGUCUGAGAGACUAUGUGUUGUAUCAUGUUUGUUUUGUCAUAUAUAUGCCUUUGGAUAGAGUCCUUUUUUCUUAAUAAAAGAAACAGUUACUACUCUUACAAAAUAAGUAGGAGUAUCAUUAAGGACUGCACUUUUUUCAGUGUUGACACUUUUGCCUUUAAGUGUUCGAUUUUCUGCCAAGGUUGUGUUUUUCAUUCCUAACAAAAUUAGUUUUCCUUGCAGCAUUUGGAUGAGUGUUCUAUGUCCCUACAUGCACAGGUCUUGUUGACUAACUAGGCUGUGGAAGCAGAUGGCAUGUCACAAAUUGUUAAAAUCGUUCAAAAACUGCAAAGAACUAAAAGCUACUAAUCUUUAAAAAGAAGCUUAAGCAAAUUAGUCUUCCUGUUAAGACUUUCAGAGUUAAUUGUUAUCUUUUUCCUUUUGUAAAUUGGAGAAAAUGCUUGUCUACCAUUAUCCUAGGGCCCUUAGAGAGAACAGAAGCUUUAGCACACAGGACAGACAGUAGGUGAAGCAGCUGGACCUCAUGGUCCACUUGUAUUGUACUGGCAUUAAUUCCAGUAAAAAGCAAUGAUGUAAUUAAAGUUCUGAAGUAUCUCUCUGGGAAGUGGCCAAUAGUUACCAGACCUUGAGAACUGCAGGGCAACAGUUCAGAAAUGAGCAGGGCUUGUGCAUAUAUCUAAAAAGGAUUUAAAGUAAUGUAGAUACAUUCAUUACAACAGUAUAACAGUAUUUGCCUGGAAUACCAGUGUCGCAGCAGCAGAACAGUGUACAGUUGCUUGACAGAGACUGGCAAGGCCUAGAAACACAUAACGAAGAAAUGGAGGUGGAAUUGGCACACAUUGAGAAACAUGGCAAAAACAGAUUUUUUUUUUUUAAUUUUUUUUUUUUUUUUUAGAUUGGAGAGGGGGAUUUUAUUAAACUUGAGAACUAAAAUAAGGUUAAUCAAACUGUCUUAGGAAAAUGCUUUUAUGGUCCUUGCAAAAUCAAUCAUUAUGUAAUCCCUCAGGACAAAAUGGAGACUGGUCAUAUUGGGACAAAGCAAAGCUCUGUCUCGCUCCAGCCCUUGUUUCUUGACAGCGAUCAGGAGCAGGUGGCUAGGAACAAGUGAGGGACAGUAUGGACUAGCAGGUAUAGUGCCAGCUAGAAAAUAAGGAUGCUAAACUAGAAGAAUUUAUGUGUGUUCUCCAGUAAGGCAGAUCUGCAGAGAGGUUUGUGCUGAAGUGUUCAGAAAAUCAGGAUGUUUCUCUGCCUUUUACUCUUCUGCUCUGUGUAUCACCUGCAAUUACUCUGGUAUUUUUAGUGUCUGGAAGUAUGCCUGGGUGAUAAUGAGCAGACAUUUAGUCAUGGCCCUCAGGAGUUUUCAAGCUUGAAGUUAGAUAUGGCAUAGAAAAUUAUGGUGACAAACAACUGAUCAGAUGAAAUGAAGUACAAAGAUUUAGGGGAUUGCUUUAAGUACCAAUUUAAUCAUCUUUCAGAUACGAUGAUGCUUGAGUGCAAGCAUUAUUACAGUCUUCCAAAGACCACAUCUUUCACUGAUUCUCCUUAUUUUAGGAAAUUGAUAUAAAAGUAAUUUUUCCUCUCAUCCAAGGAUACACCAUUGAGGUGGUGAUAAGAACAAAUUAAGAGUUUUUCUUUAAUUGCACAAAAAUGGUGUGUAUGCUACACACUGAAUUCAGUACUGGUUGUUUCUCUCUCACCCUGCUGCAGUAGAAGAGAACAGGAAGAUUUGAUAGCAGUGAGGUCUGUCACUGGAAGAAAAUCAGAAAAGGGCUUUUUCUGAGGAUAACCUCUAACAGCUGUGAGUUAGCACGGCUGACCAAAAUCAGGUAAAUGUUCCAAGUAAGUGGCAUCAAAUGGAAAUGUUUCUGAGCAUGUUUACAUAUUGCUAGUAGCUACCAGAAGACCCCUCUCCUGUCAUGGUAAUCAGUGAAAAUGUUCCUCUGAGUGUCUUGUUCAAAAACAAACAAGCAAAACCAAACCUGCUGCCCACUUGCUUACAGUAGGAGUUUGGAAUUGAUCCUACAUCUAAAUUAGAUCCUGCCUACUAGCAAGAGCUGGCAGAGAAUUGUUUUAAAAAAAACAACCAACCCCCAGUUGCUGUGGACAAAGCAUUUGAACUGAAUUUACUGCAGCACAGUGUUAACUGAAGGCUGUGUUGUUCCAGUUAUGAUUUUUAAAAAAAAAUAAAAAUUCUCGCCUGUGUUCUGUUGAUUUGUCUGUUAAUACCCCGUGCUCAUUGUCAUUGUUUAAAGGCCUGUUUACUGAUCCCCAUUUAGUAUCAGGGUUUGCUGUUAAUUUAGGAAAAAGGCAGUUAUGUUCAGUCGUUGAGUUUGAACAAGGCAUCUCUUUGCUUUAGCUGUCUUUACUAUGGGAACAAAUACAAGAGUAUAGACUGCAAUUCUGUAAAUGUGUACUAAUAGAUUUGCUUUUUACAGUGCGAGAUCAGGCUUCCAGUGGUCAGAUACGCAGUAGUCUGUCAGGUGACUGUGUUUCAAAGCCAUUAACUGUUUGAGCCUUGAUGCCAGCGGCGGGCGUUGUGGAGAUGCAGUGACAGAUCGCGUUUUGCCCUGAUCACGUACUUCUGCCUGUGUUGCCUGCCCUUUACAGAUAGAUUCAGUCUUUCAGGUUUGUGAUCUGCAUGGGAUAGCAUCUCAGUUUUGUAAGACACUGUGUGUAUAUAAUUACUAGAUAUAUGCAUGCACUUGUGAUGCAUAUCUGAUAUAGCUACAGGUGUUCCUGCAGUCUAGCUGCAAGAACAACUCUGCAUUUUUAAUUUCUUUUAUGUUUUUCCAUUUACUGAUACAGGUAACUGUAUCUGAGAGAACUCUAUUCUGUAAGUUGAAAGCCUACUGAAUUUCAAUUGGCUAUGCAGGACCUUGGCGUGUUGUUAGCUAGGACCAGGUAGGAAUAUAGCUGUUUAAAGGCAGGGCAAAGAGAAAUUCUAAAGCUUAAAGGUAACUCAUCUAUUAAUCCCAUACUAAACAAGUAAAGUCCAAAUUAGCUAAAAAGACCCUCUGAUUUACCAAACUGAGGCUUUUGGUCAUUUUUAUCAUUGCAACAAGCUUAGAUUAAUAUCAACAUUCAAAAAAAAGUGGUUCCUAAACCACAAAGAGUGAGCUUUCUCACUCUCAGCAGUUACACACUCUUAAUUCUCUUUCAGGCAGCGGACUAGAAAGUUCCUAUAUAUACAUAUCCUAUUUUACGAGAAAUGGGAGUAGGGAGGACUAUAGCCAUAGAAGUCUUGUCUGCUUUCAUACGACGGCACUUUUAGUCCCAUGAUUACCUCUGCCAGAAACCUCAUUCUAAACCACAUUUUCCCACAAAGACUUUCUCCCUGUUUUAUCUUCUGAUGUAUGCCGGAAAGUUUAUAAAGCUUUAAAGAGACAGAGAAGCAGUGUCUACAAAUCAUGUUUGAUUUUUGUGGGGGUGAGUUUCUGUGUAAAUUCGUCACUGGGGUUCAGCUGCUUUGCUCUCCCUCAUUCUCUCCUGUGUCAGAUGUUGGGAAGACACAAACUUUGAAUCCCCAGCUGUCUAAGGAUUUUUCUUUCCAAGACUAGGAUUCCACUGACAGCUGAGCCUGAAAACAAACCCUUAAGUUCUCCAGAUUAGAAGACAACAUAUAUUUUUAUAGAAAUGUUAAUUGUAUAUUUUAAAAAAGUUUCAUGCAGCUUCACAUGUAUUUUUCCCCUUGUAGUUCAGAUUUGAUAUACACUUUUUUGUGUUCAUUCUUUUUAUGUUCUGUUUUUAAAUUUGUAGUCAAAGCUUUGGUGUACUGUACAGGAGCAGUCAGCCUUUGUAAUUACUGUAUAAAUGCUUUAUAAUAAAGUAUAUUACUUUUAUUUUAACAAGUGAGCAGACACUUCCUUUUGUGUGUUUGCUGCCUAGGGCACCUUUUAAAAGACUGUUACAUGUUUAAAAUGUGUAUAUAUAUAAAUAUAUUUACCUGUUGCUGUACAGUUGUGAUAGACUGGACUGAAUUUAUUUUUUGUGUGCUUUUUUUAUAAAAUAUUAAUACACUAAAGGAAAUCUUGCUGAUGUGAUUGUAAUGUACUAUGUAACUUAUUUACUUAAUAUCCUCUAUAUAUCUAAAAAACCUUUUAUUAAACGAGGUUUAAAAA